GUGCUUGUAGACUCGGAUGUUCCCAAAGUGAAGAACGGUGUUACCACUGUGUUCAGCGGCCGUACCGAUGGUGGCCAUAAGGUCUUUUUGGAAGGAGAUGGCAGUGGAAUUCAAAAGGGCGACUAUGUAACCGUUAAGAUCCGAGAUGCCUCUAGCGUUAGUCUUCGCGGUCAAGUUGUGAAGAAGCAAUCCGUUGCGGAGUUUGCACGUUCCCAGAGGGACUGAAGUCAUACAAUCAAAAUAAAAAAUGUCUAAAUUUCUUGCCCUAGUCUAACAGAACUCAUAGAGUUCAGCGUGCAAUGUUCAAGCCAGCCGAUAUAAGAGCUUUGCAUAGGCAAUUACUUCGAGCUGGAUCCAUGGCAACAUGGCCAUCGCCCAAGAACAAACGCAUAGUAUGGAAUAAGAUCCGCGCAGGGUUUGACGAGCACCGACAUGAACAAGAUGUAGACAAUCUCAAGAUUAUAGUUGACAACGCCUCCAAUACGGUUUUGUUUCUGAUAGCCGCUGGACGGCACCAUGGUGUGGAGCAUCAAAUUGUAAAAAAUCUAACGUCACUGCAUUACUUUCGCUCUCAAUACAACGAAAGACCACCGUUCUAUAACAAGAAAUUGCCACCCGACAUUCGCGAACUGCACAAUCAUGCAUACGAUGAAUUGGAUAUGACACUGACCAUGCUCAAUCAAUCUCUCGGUCUCAGUCUACGACCAUAGCGAUCAAACCAAGCGAGUGCAGUGUAAUUUGAAACAGUAGAUUUAUAAUCUACAUUCUCUUGUAUAUUAAAAUCAUUCAGUGUAUU